GGUUCUCACAUUCAUCGUGCAAGUGUCGCCAACCCCACAACAUCUACCAUGCCAUCCACGCUCGAAGAAGCAGACCAGAUGAGCAAGGAUUUUGACACUCUCGAUAGCCUAACCGAGGAAGAAGACGAAGAUGACGACGACGACAUGAGAUACAGAGUCAUGCCUGACUUGGUCGGCAGCAUCAGCACACCUUCCUCUUCUACCUCCUCCUCUCAGCCUCGCACCUCGAUGAAAGACGGAGGAAGGGCGAAGCCAAAGCUGCGAAGAAAGUUUGAGGAGACGGGUCCACCUACACCUUCAAAGAAGAUCAAAGGUCGACAGCCUGCCUCAGCAGCUGAUUUUGGAGACGAGCAGUGGCGAGACCUCCAUGCAGCCGUCCAGCAGAUCGCUCUUGAGAACAUGGCACGACUUUACGAGCUAGCUCCAUCCCUGGACCCCUGGCGACCCAAGGGACGUCUCAACGAAAAGGUUCGCCAAUUCUUCCGUCAUGCCAGAGGUGCCUCUCCAGGCAGCAUGAGCUUCACGAGCGUCGAGCUCUCACCCACUUCGUCACAGAGUACCUCUCAAGGAUCAACACAGCCAACAUCAUCUCAGGAUAGCGCAAUUACUACUGGCAGCACAAUGGUCAGCACUAGUACUGGAGGCAGAGAUUCAGAGAUGACGACGGCCACCGAUACGGAUGAGGAUACGCCUACCUCUUCACCCAAGACGCCCACCUCUGCCGCCUCUUCGCAGACGUUUCACUAUCCAGUCAAGCAGCCUCACCAUUUCGCUCCUCAUCAGCGGCAGCAGCAGCGACAGCAGCAGCAGCAACAGGCACGCUUCUCACAGGUCGGGACCAGUCUCCACUUGCCUCACCCAAGCUUCCAGCCACUUUCUCAAUUCGGAUCCACCUCUAGCUUGUCGACCUCUUCCAUCCUCACGGCAAUGAGACCCUGCACGGAGCCUGGAGCUAGAAAGCGUCGUCUGAGCGAGUUACCCACGCCUGCUACUCGUGCUGCUCCAACUCCAGCUUAUGGACCAGGAUCAGGCCUUGGACUUGGACUUGGACUGGGACUGGGACUGGGUCUCUACACCAAUGGAAACGGUGGUGGAAAUGGGACUGCGAGUAGUGGAGGACGAAUGUACGAUGGUGGAAUGGGCGCGUGGCGACAUGUUGGUCUGGGAGCUGGUGGAGCUAGGGCUUCCGUAGCUGCUGGAGUGUCUGCUAGGGCUUCAGGAGGUGGUGGCACUUCAGAGUCAGGAGGAGGUGGAGCAGCGACCGUGACGGCAGUGGGAGGAAGAGAGAGGAAGGGUCAUCGUGAGCAUUCAAGGACCCAGGGAUCUGGAAGGGGAUACGGAGCGUGAGGGAAGUAGCUAGAGGAGAUGGGGAGAGAGUAAGCGUCACCAUUGGUAUACCCCGAAAGGUCAAGAAAGACUCCUUCUCACCUCUCUUCCUCCAUCAUUACACACUCUCUUCUUGCUUGAAAAAGUCAGUCAGCCAGCCACCUGAAG